AUGGCUUCACUUAAAGAUAUUGGGGUUGCAGCUGGGAUUAAUAUUUUGAGUGCAUUUAUCUUCUUUGUGGCAUUUGCUAUUUUGAGGCUUCAGCCAUUGAAUGAUAGGGUAUACUUUCCGAAAUGGUAUCUCAAGGGUUUAAGAACUGAUCCUGUGCAUGGAGGAGCCUUUGUGAGAAAGGUUGUUAAUUUAGAUUGGAGAUCAUAUAUUAGAUUUUUGAAUUGGAUGCCGGCUGCACUUAGAAUGCCGGAGCCUGAGCUUAUUGAUCACGCUGGACUGGAUUCUGUUGUUUACUUGAGGAUUUACUUGUUGGGACUUAAAAUAUUUGUUCCUAUAGCGUUCCUGGCGUGGGCGAUCUUGGUUCCUGUCAACUGGACAAGCACUGGGCUAGAAGUUGCUGGGGUUAAAAACAUAACUUCCAGUGACAUUGAUAAUCUCUCAAUUUCAAAUGUCCAGCGUGGAUCUGAAAGGUUUUGGUCACAUAUAGUAGCUGCUUAUGCAUUUACCUUCUGGACAUGCUAUAUUUUGAUGAAGGAGUAUGGAAAAGUUGCCGCAAUGAGAUUGCAGUUUCUUGCAGCAGAAAAACGCCGUCCUGAUCAAUUUUCGGUGCUUGUUAGAAACAUUCCACCAGAUCCUGAUGAAUCUGUUAGCGAGCUUGUGGAGCACUUCUUUCUGGUCAAUCAUUCGAAUACCUAUCUGACUCACCAGGUUGUUUAUAAUGCAAACCGGUUGGCAAAGUUGGUUAAAAAGAAGAGCAAGAUGCAGAAUUGGCUCGUCUAUUAUCAAAAUAAGCUGGACAGAACUUCAAUAAGACCAGAAAUGAAGACUGGUUUCCUUGGUUGUUGUGGAACGAAAGUAGACUCUAUUGAUCAUUACACCACUGAAAUUGACAAGCUGUCAAAAGAAAUAGCUUUAGAGAGGGAUGAGGUCGCCAAUGAUCCCAAGUCUACCAUGCCUGCUGCAUUUGUUUCUUUUAAAAGUCGAUGGGGUGCUGCAGUUUGUGCUCAAACCCAACAAACCAGAAAUCCAACACUUUGGUUGACUGAGUGGGCUCCAGAGCCACGGGACGUCUAUUGGCCAAACUUAGCGAUUCCAUAUGUUUCCCUAACUGUUAGAAGGUUGAUCGUAGCUGUUGCGUUCUUUUUUCUCACUUUCUUUUUCAUGAUCCCGAUUGCAAUAGUACAAGCUCUUGCGAGUCUUGACGGAAUACAGAAAGCAGCACCAUGGUUGCAUCCGCUUGUUAGGGUCCCUUUCAUUAAGUCAUUCAUUCAGGGUUUUCUACCUGGUAUUGCAUUGAAGCUUUUUCUUAUCUUCUUACCAUCAAUAUUGAUGAUGAUGUCAAAAUUUGAAGGCUUUGGAUCUAUAUCUUCUCUUGAGAGAAGAUCGGCUUCUAGAUACUACCUUUUUAGUUUUGUGAAUAUAUUUCUUGGGAACAUACUUACCGGGACAGCAUUUCAACAGCUCGACUCUUUCAUUCACCAACCAGCCAAUGAGUAUCCUAUAACAAUCGGCACUGCAAUUCCUUUAAAAGCUAGUUUCUUCAUCACCUAUAUAAUGGUUGAUGGAUGGUCUGGUAUAGCUGCUGAGGUUUUGAUGUUGAAACCACUAAUUAUAUAUCACUUGAAGAACUUCUUCUUGGUUAAGACUGAAAAGGACAGGGAAGAGGCCAUGGAUCCUGGAAGUAUAGGUUUCAACACUGGAGAACCUCGCAUACAAUUGUACUUUCUGCUGGGCCUAGUCUAUGCUGCAGUGACACCUACUGUUCUUCCUUUCAUAAUAAUUUUCUUUGGGUUGGCCUAUGUUGUGUUCCGCCAUCAGAUAAUCAAUGUUUAUAAUCAAGAAUACGAGAGUGGUGCAGCAUUCUGGCCUGAUGUCCAUUUCCGUGUCAUAAUUGCACUGAUAGUCUCACAGCUAGUUCUGAUGGGACUCCUAACCACCAAAAGAGCUGCUUCAUCAACUCCUUUUCUCAUUGCGCUACCGGUACUGACGAUAUGGUUCCAUAUAUACUGCAAAGGCCGUUUCGAAUCUGCAUUUUCUAAAUAUCCCUUACAGGAAGCGAUGAUGAAAGAUACAUUAGAACGAGCUACAGAUCCGAACCUGAACAUAAAAGGUUACCUUCAACAUGCUUAUGUUCACCCAGUUUUUAAGGCUAGCCUUGAGGAUGCUGAUGAGGAGGAAGAUGUAACGAGUCUUAAGUGGGAAACUGAGAGUGCUACUGUACCUACAAAACGCCAUUCACGAAGGAAUACACCAUUGCCCAGCAGAGUUAGCGGUGCAUCGUCUCCAUCUAUGCUUGAUGGCAUUAAAGACGAUCCAGAGUCAUAG